AAAUGUCUAAUUUCCUGCUCUUCCUCGGCUGCUCUUAUGUGAUUUAAUGAAAAUGCUGCAACAGACGCUGAGCAAUAAAGUGGCUAGUGGGAGGCUAGUAGUGUAAAGCAAGGAGACCAUGCCCCAUGCAGUCGUAGCCACAGGACUCCCCCAGGCUCCAUUCAUUCAUUGGCAACUCAAACCACUCCGAAUUGCUGUACCUUGACAUCCCUUCAUCUGCCCCCUGCCAGUAGGAUUAUUAAUACUACAGCAUGAGUGCAGAAGAGUAUUUGGGCUUGAUGGUGAGCUAAGGUUGAGGGGUGAGGCUUUGGAGACAAAGUGACAUUUGAAUGAAAUGAAGUGAUGAAUGAUAAUCAACCAUCAUUAAAUGUUGGAAGCUCCUAGGAGGAAUGUAGUAGAAUUAUGACUAUGGUUGGGGCAUCUGCAGGUAUUUGUUGGAAGAACACAUUGAUUUGAUUCAUUUUGGAUCAUAAAGCUUUAUUGGCAUUAUUGCCUAUCUAGAACAAUGACUUAACCACUUUGGCUAUUUGUGCAAAAGAGCAGUGUACAGAUAAGUAUUCAUUGCUAUUUAUAUCGUUACUUGCUUAUUUUCAAGAAUGAAUGUAAUAUAUAUCAUUAAAUAAAAGGCUAACUUUAUUUACUGGCACACUAUUUAAAAUCCUUAAUGUAGGAUUGUGGGCUGGGAUAGACUUAUGCUAUUACAUUCCGUGUAGUUGGUUAUAUUUUGCAUCAAAUUUCAAAUGUGUAGAUUUAGAUAAACUAGAUAUUUUCAGCAAGACAUGAUCUUUCACUUUUUUAUAAAUGAAAAAAAAAAAAACUUGGAUUGUAAAGCAGCCAAUAAUGUGGUCAAUAUCUCAACAUUUCACAAGACAGACAUACAUUUUAGCAUCCUUUCUUCUUAUCUGACACAUCCAUCAAUCAAAUUUGUUAUUAGUAUUCUGCUGACCCUUAAGAGUAUAGGCUGUGUCACUGCUAAUGGAGACCACACACUAGUGAAAAGAGAUUAGGUGUGUGUGUCUGUGUCUGUGUGUGUUUCUGUGUGUGUGUGUCUGUCUGUCUACAUAUGAUGGGGCAGAACAUGGUGUCCUAGAGGUAAAAGAGGGAAAUGGAGAAAACCUCACAGUGGGUGCUGAGUUUGUAAAUUCCCUGGACAGAAGGCGUGGUACACAGUGUGAAACGAUAAGCAAACAAUAUACAAUCUGUUUGCUGAAUCGGCUUUCCAGGGAUGUGAAUUGAAAGCAGAAAGAUGAAUGGUGUUCCUUUGCUUGCCUCAUUUGUUCUCCCACUAGAACACUUGUUCACCUCAAUUUGACCUUCAGUUACUGUUUGGUUCUUUUAAUAAUUUGUUUUAUGUGAGUUAAAAUGAACAUUCGUCUUUUGUAAAACAGCUGUGUGUCAGAGGUUUUAGACUUGUUUUUGUUUGCUUUCCCCAGUAAGUGCUGGUUCCAGACAAAACAGUCUGGGAACAUUUUGGAAGUUCAAGUGGAUACAAAUUCCUUCUUGUGUGUUUUCUUUAAUGCAAUGCAAUUCUCUUUUCCCUUGUCACUUGCCAGUAUUCAGCUCCCCACCCCCUCUGAUCUCCUCAUCCUUUCUGUGGCCAUAGAAACUAGUUUCCGGAAUCAGUGCGUCAGGCCCUCAAAUCUGAAUGACUAGCAUGUACAAAAGCUUUGUGCAGGAAGAGGAGAAAAUAUCAGCCAUCAGUUUGGUGAUGUCAUUGUGCCAAAAUUAGGCCUUGAAAGAAAGAGGAGGAUGUGGAAACUGGUUUUAAAAGAAAUGAAUAGGCUAAGUACACUGCCAAGGCCUUCAUGUUUAAGCUCGAAUGAUUACGGAAUUUAAUGUAAAUUAUGCUUUAAAACACCAAUGUAAGAUCAUCUUUUAAAACAUAGCACAAGCAGAGCUAAACAAUUAUUUAUAUGUUUUUACUUUAAAAGAGGAAAUAAGAAAAACAGGUUUAUACUGAACAGCUUUUUUCCCAAACUGUUGCUAUUUAUCCACUGUUGUGCAGCUGUUAAUUGUAAGGCGAUUGCACUUCCAUUCAGGCCUGUAGCUUGAGCUGGACUACAGAUAAUUAGAUCAGUACUAUCAGUUUCACUGUUCCUUUUCUUUAUUUGAAUUUACAUGAUAAUAACUCUCUCUUGACGGUCCCUCUUUCUCAAAAGUGCUUAGGCUUUUUUUUACUCCCCUCUUUAAACAUCCAAAUGAUUCACUGCAUCACCUUAAUAUGCACUUGUGGAGGGGGUGAGGGGCGAGGGGGUUAGUAAUGCCUGGGAAAAUUGCAAAAAAGAUAAAAAAUCGAACAAAAGCAUGGGACUACAUAAGCACAAAUUUUAAUGAGUAAUUGGGUUGAAACAAUAAAGGAGUCCUGCAUAGGUAAAAAUGCCAUAACAAUGUUGUGUACAGUACAUAUUAAGUAGCUCUUAAGAUGCAGACAUGCUGACUUGCUUUGUACAUUAAUACCAUUUCUGUGAUUGGAUCAAUUAAUGCCAUUUUAAAUGAUGAUUUUUUUUUUUAAUUCCGUCACAGCCCAGUCUUGUGCCUUUUUCAUUUAGCCAGGAACAGCCUUGGGCCCCUAUAGACAUUUCACUGUUGUUUCAUCUCCUUUUUCUGCAUUCACUGUUAGCCAAGAAACUUCCUGUAAAUACUGGAUUAUUUACAGCAGCCGUUAUAGUCAUACCCAGGAUUUCUUAAGGUCAGCAUUACUUUUGGCACACUGGGCUCAAACUGCACUUUGGUCCCCUUUAAUUUAACAGCUCCGGCAGCUUUUCUAGUUAAAUCGACUGUUCAUUAUUGAGCCCCAUUUUACGAAGGGGCUGUGAGGUGCAGUUUAAUGAAUCUCUGGCACAAAGAUCCCUUUCACUGCAGAAGGAAGAAUAGAAGCUAUUUAGGCCCUGUAGGGUUGUAUGUCAAAGGCAGCCCAUAAUAGUUGUCAGGCAGAGGCUAAAAUUCCCACUGGUGCAGGGAUCAACUUUUACCACUAACUGAUUAAGACACAAGUAGGAAGUUAGGGGGAAUCCAUACCAGCUUGAAAACACAUACUUUUCAGUUAUUUGCAUUAUGAUUCGUUCAUUUAAUAGUUAUAUGUACCACAUAUACACACAAUAUAUAUAUUCAGGCUUUAGUGAAAAUGGAUGCUUCAACUUUAAAGUCUCAAACAAUUGUGUUUAGUUGUACUCUUGCAUUUUGGAGGAGCUAAUUUGUAGAAUAUCCACAGGCAAUUGAAAAAAAAGCAUUUAUUCAUAUAUUAGAGACCGUUAACAAACAAGGAAAAAAGAAUGUGUUAUAGGUAUAUGGCUAAAUACCUGUAUACCACACAAUUAAUAAUACAUUCAAUACACAUUACAUGUAAUUAACAGCAAUUUUAUUUCUUUAACCCUCAAAAAUUAAUGCCUUCAUGUUUUUUUUCUGUUCAUGUCUGGAUAUAUUUUAAAGUAUUUUUGAACUUUCACUGCCAUUAAUGUCAGGACAUUGUUCUGAUCAUAAACACAGUGAGAACUGCUUUGGAUGGUUUAGCAGCUAGCUAUUGUCUUAUUGCUCAGUGGGAUGCCUUGGGCAAAUCCCUCUUAGUUGCAGGUGGUCAGGCGUGAGCAAAGAGUUAAGUCCUGGGGUCCUUCUGCUCCUCCCUCCUAAUGUCUUGACAUCAUUGGCCCUGCCUCCAAGAAAUCUCCUUGCUUUCCCCCAAAGUGUGUUUUUCAGUCCUGCUUUCACGAGAGUAAGAAGGAAACACUGUGUGCACCCAGUGUAAGGACCAAGGGUUAGCAUAUAUUUGGUGCACAGGAACUAAAAACUAUGUUGUAAUGAUCUAAAGAACUUUUGGGAUUAAGAGUGGACAUCUUGUCUUGUGUUGUAUGUGGUUCAGAAGGAGAUGGCUGUUCAGGCUGCCAUCAUGAACUCACAGUUCCUUAAUUUCUGUUUUCCUGGUUCGGUUAUGGAGUACGAGGUGGAGAAGGGUCUGGAUGGAGCAUUUCUGGGUGACGUGGACUGUGAGGGAGACUUCAGGGAGGCGACUAGUGACUUGCUCAGCUUCAUUGACUCUGCAUCCAGUAACAUCAAAUUGGCACUUGAUAAACCAGUCAAGUCCAAGAGGAAAGUCAACCACCGCAAGUAUCUACAGAAGCAGAUCAAAAGAUGUACAGGAAUUAUGGGACUGGGGAACGGAUCACCUCAGGAGACUUGCAAAAGUCCUGAUUCCACUCCAACUGCAACAAGCAUCAUUCAAAACAAAACACCCAAGCGUGAUGUAGCUCAGGCCAACCUGCAAAGCAAAAGUUUGGCUGCUCUUUUCAAUCAUGCAAAGGAUUUGCGAGGAGAGAAGACAAAAAAGCCUCCACUCAGACACAGAAAUCUGCCACCAUCUUUCUUCACAGAGCCAGCUAAUAGUGCCAGAGUUACAUCUACUUCUGGCAUGUCCCUCAAAGAUCUUGAACGGGGAAAUCCAGAUGCAACAGAGUUCUUUGAGCUCCUGGGGCCUGACUACAGCAACAUGGUCUUUGAGCAGGAGCUGUUCCACACUAUGCCCAAUAGGCUCCAACAGCAGGGAGUCACAGGACUGGAACCAAUCUCUUUUGAUUCCCACAAUUUGGUAACAGGUGGUUUUCUGUAUGCAGAACCAUGGGCUACAAGUGGUGGUGUGUCCAGAAAAACAGCGGACAUAAAGACAGUUCCAGGGCAGUCAUCCCUAUAUGACAACACAGACUCAUCUUGCCCAGUGCCUUUGGAGCAGAAUUCUACAUGUUCACUCACCUUUCCAAACUUCUUUACAGACUGCUCAGUGUCCCAGGCCUCAUAUGAUCUGUCUAGUGGAUACAGCCGAGGUAGCUUUCAAUCUCUUUGAGAUGGAAUUUCUUUUUUACUUUUUAUUUUUAUAAACAAAAAGCUGCAAAAAAUUAACUAUGCAUCUACAUGAUGAUUACUCAAAAGGAACAUUUUGGACCAACUUAUUUGUUGAAAUGUUUGUUUUAACCUGUGCAGAGAGAUAAUCUUGCUGCUUACUUGAUGUCAGGGACUUUUACAACAAUCUUGAAAAGCGUAAUGUUCAACAGGACUUGGAAGUUAUACCACACAUAUAAAUAAAUAUGAUAUUGGUAUGGGAUUUAACUAAUAAUGUUAAAAAGUGUUUUUAUACACUUUUUCAUAGAGGUGAAGUAAUUUUGGAUAGGGUGAGUUGUUUUUAGAAUAUUAUCUCAGGGUGUUAUUUCACUUGUUUCCAUAUAUUGAAAACUAACUAUAAUCAUGUAGUCUGAAAAUGAAAAGAAAAAAAGCCAAUUUUUUAAAACAAUUGUUAACUGUUACAUUUAUUAAAAAUAAAAACUUAAGUAACUGUGAUUAGAAAAUUGUCUUUUGAUUAAAAGUAUGAAAAUAAAAUUCAUAUUUUUAUACAGCAAUUUGGCUCUUUCAUAUUUGGGAAGAUGCUUGACAUCCUCAUGCAUUUCUCAUGAAAAUUUUUCAGUAGCAAAUUGUACUUAAAUGCUUGCUUAAUAGCAUGUGCACUUGGCUCUCUGCAUUACUGAGUCUAUUUUAUUAUGAGAAAGUUGUAUAUUCCUUUUAAAAAUGAAUAAAAGCAAAUCGUGACUAAAACAGUGGAAGGAAUCUUCAUAGACAGGGACUUGGAUUAUCUUGGAUUAUCUUGGAUAAUCUUGGAUUAUCACUACAGUCUAACAUUGGUUUAGGAUAGAAAAUAUAAGUAGAUAUUGGAUAUUUUAAAUUCCAAUACAUAGUAAAUUUAAAUAUGUAGUAAAAUAAAGUGAUAUAGUUCUUUAUAUGGCGGGUGCCUAGAAUGUAUUUGAAACACGUAUACUGCUGAAAGCACUGACUUCUUGGUUUAUUAUAAAUAACCUCAAACUGUCAACAAAAGCAUAAUUGAAGCAGGUAAAGGAUUGUGUUUUAAGUUCUUACAUUUGACUGCUUUCUUGAUCUAUUUCAAUUUACCUGAUGUAAGCAAUGGAGCAAUAUGUUUGCAGAAAUGUGAAGAAAAUGUAAAAAUUCUGCUUGUUCAGAAUGUAACAAGGCACAAUAAAGCUGGUCUUUAUUUCUC